ACUAAAUGGACAGCCAUUGCAAAAAGACCAAAAUUAAACCCUAAACCCUAAUACACAAACACCAGCCUCUCCCUAUAAAUAAAUCUACUAAAGCCCUACUCACUCAACAUUAUCUGCAAAAAUCUUCCUCUGCAACCAAAGGAUUAGAAGCAACAAUGGCGGCAAAAAAUCCAAAGGUUUUCUUUGACAUAUUGAUUGGCAAGGCCAAAGCUGGGAGAGUUGUGAUGGAACUGUUUAAAGAUAAGACACCUAAAACUGCUGAAAACUUUCGAGCUCUCUGCACCGGGGAAAAAGGGAUUGGGCAGUUAGGGAAGCCAUUACAUUACAAGGGCUCGGGGUUUCACCGCAUCAUUACAAACUUCAUGUGCCAGGGUGGAGAUUUCACCAGAGGAAAUGGGACUGGAGGAGAAUCAAUAUAUGGUACAAAAUUUGCUGAUGAGAACUUCAGUGUGAUGCAUACGACGCCCGGUCUUCUCUCAAUGGCAAAUUCUGGACGAGACACCAAUGGAUCUCAGUUCUUUAUCACCACAGUACCAACACCUUGGCUUGAUGGCAAACACGUCGUGUUUGGUAAAGUUGUAGAUGGCUAUAGUGUAGUCAAAGAAAUGGAAAAGGUGGGUUCAGAUAGUGGGAAAACAUCAUGUCCCGUCUUAAUCGAAGAUUGUGGGGAGUUAAAGGAGAACUAAGUGAAGAGAAAUGUUGUGUUUAGCAACAUGUCGGUACCAUAGCUUUUCUCAUGUAGGCUGUGCAAAAAUCUUAAAAAGCUUGCUUUUUUUUGUUUAGGACAAGCUGCUAGUAUUUGUAAAGGAUGGCUAAGUUAUGUAGUUCGAUUAAAUAAAUGGCACAAUGACAUUGUAAUA